AUGGUUGUUGACGACGCUCACUUCAUGACUCUCCUGAAAGGAAAACGCAUCAAACUGACGCUCAAGAGUUCAUCUUUCAUGGGGGUCGUUCAACGCAUCAAUCCAAACAAAACCCUGGUUUUGGCAGACGUGAGUGACAUAAAUGGACGCAAAAUUCCUGGAACCAAGCUGUUUUUUGGACAUGAGAUUCUGAAUGUUGAAUUCACUGAUGAAGCAAGUGCUGAUCCUGGAGACUUUGACCUCUGUGCAUCUGAAGGGCGCUUGAACGUGGAAAAGUGUCAGCCGUAUAGGAAGAUACUUGCAUUGGAUGAUGAAGAUGAAGCUGAAGACGAUGCCAUUAACUUUGUAGUAAUUGACGAAUUUCACCAGAAGUUUGGACCUGCAGUGGCGCACAUCAAAAAGCAGCACGUCAUCGGCGUGGCAGGUGAAGGAGUUGAGAUAUACAAAAAUGGAAGAUUGUGCUGGCUGCAGAUUGCUACAAAGUGCAAGGUGUACUUGUUUGACAUACUGUUACUUGGACCAAGGGCAUUUAAGAAUGGUCUCUCAAUGAUCCUGGAAAGUAAACACAUAUUGAAGGUCAUUCAUGACUGCAGAGCCAUCGCUGGAUCUCUGUUUGCUCAGUUCGGAGUAAAACUUUCCAACAUUUUUGACACUCAGGUGGCAGAUGUCAUGUGCUUCUACUCGGAGACAGGAGGAUUCCUUCCUGACAAAGUCAGUACUCUCCAGGGAGUGGUGAGUCUUCAUCUGAAGGUGUCCUCCUCCAGGCUCUCUUCUCUUCAGAUAAAGUCACAGCUCACCAAGGAAGAAAUGGAGAUGUGGUACAAACGGCCUUGCCCUGUGCCGUUGCUGAAGGUGAUGGCUUUGUCAGUGAUUCAUCUACAGCCUCUGAGAAUGGUGCUGCUAGACACACUCAUGAAUGACUAUAAAACCCUGGUGGAUUCCUACCUUAACAACACCCACUAUGAACCAGAUGGACUGGAGCCUAUCACUAUGGAGCACGUGCUGGAGUUGCCCAAAGAGCUCAAGCAGCUGGACGAAAUGCGUCUUGAGCGGCGGGAGUGGGCUAGGAGACACUACCCUGUCACAGAAUGUGGGCUGCUGGCUCGCUCCAACCCAAAUCCUGGGUCAGAAUCCCAGACCUCACGGGCUGUAGAGGACCACAGCAGUACUCUGACUGACACCUCUGAACCCACAGCUGCUGACCCAACUUCAUCACCACAAUCUGAGCCUCUUUUUAACCAACAAACCACAUGCACUUCAGGUAUGACCAGUAUGCCUUCCAUCGCACCAGCAGAGUCACUGUCCCCAGCCACCAUGUCCAAUAUUGCGGAAGACACGCCUCCUUCUGAAGUCGUGGACAAAGGAUUCACAGGGGUCCAAAUGAAUGUGAUGGGAAGAGGAUGGGUGUAUGGGAAAGAGGAGUCCUCUUUACCAGUCUUACCAUCUAUAGGACGUGGUUUCCUUCUCAAGAGACCACUGUCCCAGGAUCCCAAAGAGAGUGCUGGUGACUUGACAAGUCUAGGCAGGCUGGAAAUGGCUCCUAGAGCUACUAGCCAAGUGCUUCCCCUAGAAGAAAAAACCCCACCUGGAUUCCAUGAUGAUGAGCUGUCUAAGGACAAAUGUUCUGCUGCUCAGCCUUCCUUAUCUUCACUGAUUCAGUCUUUCAGAAAUUAAACAAAAUCUCAGCCUGCAGGCAUACACCUUUUAAAUAUGGACUGUUAAAUAAUUUGUAAUUGUCUACAGUGACCAGUAGAUGGCAGUAAACAGUUUUUUAUAUGCCUUUGUCAGACAAAUAAUUGU